AAAACACCACAGCCCACACAAAAAGACACAUCUCCCCUAGACAGCAAAUUGAUUUUGAUUGCAAUCAAACUCUCUCUCUCUCUCUCUCUGAGAACACAUCCAAAUAUAACUCGAAUUCAUCAAAAAGCCCUAAAAGAACCGUCACAUAAUAAUACUGUGCACUAUGGAAGCUGAUGUUUCAAUUUUCUCAUAGUUGAAAUCGAAGAAGAAGGUUCCUUGUUUCCGGGAAAAGAGGGGGUUUCUAUUGAAAAAGUUGGGAUUUUUAGGGUUGAUAAGGAUGUUGAAAUUCUGGGUAUUCUUCUGCUGCUGCUUUUUCUGUUUAAUGGGCGCUUUCACAGCUUAUGCCAAUGUGCUUUUGAAAGGCAACAACGUUACUUUGUCUUUUGAAGACAUUGAAGCUAAUUUUUCUCCAUCAAUUAAAGGGUCAGGACUUUGUGGGACGCUAUAUCUGGCAGAACCUUUGGAUGCAUGCUCACCACUUACUAACAGAGUUGUUCCAGGAACGAACAAGACCAGGUCUCCAUUUGUGUUGAUAACCAGAGGAGGAUGUAGCUUUGAUGACAAAGUCAGAAGUGCGCAAGCUGCAGGAUUCCAAGUAGCCAUUGUCUAUGACAAUGAAAAUGGUCCCCUGGUUGCAAUGGCUGGAAAUGCUGCUGGUAUAAAGAUACAUGCAGUGUUUGUUUCUAAAGAUUCUGGUGAAACACUGGGAAAAUAUGCCGGUGCUACUGAUAUGGAACUGUGGAUAGUCCCAAGCUUUGAAAACUCAGCAUGGUCUAUCAUGGCCAUCUCUUUCAUUUCAUUGCUUGCUAUGUCUGCUGUUUUAGCUACAUGUUUCUUUGUCCGAAGGCAUCGGAUUAGAAGAGAACGGCCUCAAGCUCCACGUGUUCGCGAAUUCCAUGGGAUGAGCAGUCGUUUGGUGAAAGCCAUGCCAAGUCUAAUUUUUACAGCUGUUCUGGAGGACAAUUGUACUUCAGCAACAUGUGCCAUAUGUCUUGAAGACUAUAAUAUGGGAGAGAAGCUAAGGAUUCUACCAUGUCGCCACAAAUUUCAUGCUAUCUGUGUCGAUGCCUGGCUAACAUCAUGGAGAACUUUCUGUCCUGUGUGCAAGCGUGAUGCAAGAACAAGUACUGGUGAACCACCAGCAUCAGAAUCUACACCAUUGCUGUCACCCAGCACAUCUGUCUUAUCAUCUGUUAGAUCAUCGUUAGUGUCAUCAUCAGCCAUGCAAAUGGGCCCCUCAUAUUCUCGAUCUCCCUCAGUUUCACGCCCUCAGUCCAUCUCUACCACUCCUCAUAAUCUUCAUUCUCAGUCCCAUCAUCAAUCCUCUUAUUUAAGUACAAGUCAGAGCUCUGUCGCACGUGGUGCUUAUUUAGUUUCACCUCAUUCGUUGGGCUACCCAUCGUUAUCAUCCCUCAAUUCUAGAUACAUGUCUCCAUAUAUUCCAAGUCCAGUGAAUGCCUCAUCGAGUUAUGUUGGAUCUUCAAGCCGUCAGGCUAAUGCACUGCAUUAUAGUGAGUCAGCUGCAAGCUUGUCACCAUUUGCUUCGGCUCAAUCACUUCCAGAUUGUUAGGCGUUAGCGAAGCUAUAGCUAAUUGGUACUUAGUUGAUUUUGGCCAAAGCGAAUGUUCAUGAAAUGGCUCUGAAACUCAGAUCUUCUGUUAGCGAGAACAUACCUAAGAUGAUAACAUGCUUGGAGUUGAGGCCAUUGCGUAAGUGCAGAUUGUCUCAAGGCGGUUACUGAAGCAGCAAAAUCUGUACAUUGUAGCAUAAGUUUUAUAGUAUGUUGAGAUGAUUUGGGAAUUUUUGCUACAUAAAUUUGAAGAAUUUUACUUGUGGGAGAUUUUUGGUGAUUCAUACUGUAUAAUCCUCUUUCUUCCUUUCUAAUUUUCCCCCCUCGGUGGGAGGGUGUUUAUUGUGUGUAUAUAUUUACUUGUCUGUUAGUCUAAUUUCAUGUUUGAUGUAGCCAGUUUGGUUUUGUUGAAGUGGUUCACUAAAAUUGUCAUAAAUGCUUCUUGUAGGGAAUUCACUGGUACAGUUGACCUU